UUGGUCGAAAACGGAGGCGGAACUGAACCGAGAGAGAGAGGGGGAAAAAAAACUGCAGGACAAAUGUGGAUGUUUACCUUUUUUGGAUGCGUGCGCGGUUCGUUGCUGUGGGGGGAUAAAAGUGUUAUUUACGCUGAGCGGGAGUUCUGAUUCUAGGUACCCAUGCACACAUCAUGACCACAGCCAGCCGACUCCAAAGAGAGAGUGCAACAUCUCAGCUGCCCCUGGUGGUCCUCACUAGAGUUGGACGAGGAGAGGAAGAAGAAGAGGGGAUGAGUGAGGGGUCACUUCAGGGGGACGCUCAGGUGUGAUUCUCAGCCCCGCUGCCGUCGCCGUGGCAACCUGACAACCGGCCCAGUGGGUCCGCAGCCUCGGUUGUGACUGAGCUGUCUACGUUUCAUCUCCAGGAAGCGACCCCCCGUCAUUUUUGGCUGCAUGGACGCGUCGUCAAAGUCGUGGCUGCCGCAUCAGGGUCAGUUUGGGUUGGGUGGUCAAGUGGAAGUGUGCUGCGCCGGACCCGGCGUUUUAACCCCAAAUCAAUCACGCAGGGCAAGUUUUGCCUCUGUGCGACAGUCAAGCAUGGAGACACCUCCCAACACCACCCCGCAGUCCUUCAGGCAGCCGAGUUUCCUUAAUAGAAGGCUGAAGGGCUCCAUCAAGAGGGCCAAAAGCCAGCCCAAGCUGGACCGGACCAGUAGCUUCCGACAAAUGAUCCUGCCUCGGUUUCGGAGCGCCGAUCAAGAGAGGACGCGCUUGAUGCAGAGUUUCAAAGAAUCCCACUCCCACGAGUCACUACUUUCUCCCAGCAGCGCUGCCGAGGCUUUGGACUUGGUGCUGGAUGAAGAUGCCGUCAUAAAACCGGUCCACUCCAGCAUUUUAGGACAAGAGUAUUGCUUUGAGGUGACCACAAAUUCAGGGACAAAAUGCUUUGCCUGCCGUUCCGCUUCAGAGAGAGACAAGUGGAUUGAAAACCUGCAAAGAGCUGUCAAACCCAACAAGGACAACAGCAGGCGUGUGGACAACGUGCUAAAGUUGUGGAUCAUUGAAGCCCGGGACCUGCCGACGAAGAAACGCUACUACUGUGAGCUGUGUCUCGACGACAUGCUGUAUGCCCGCACCACCAGCAAACCUCGUACAGACACUGUCUUCUGGGGCGAGCAUUUUGAGUUCAACAACCUGCCCACCAUUCGUAGCCUUCGCUUGCACCUCUACAAGGAGACGGACAAAAAGAGACGCAAGGAGAAAAGCACAUACCUCGGCCUUGUCAGCAUCCCUAUCUCCAGCAUCACGGGCCGGCAGUUUGUGGAGCAAUGGUACCCCGUCAUCCAGUCCAGCGUUUUGGCCAAAAGCGGUGGCGUCGGGAGCGGCAAAGUCAUCAACGCCUCACUUCGCGUCAAAUCCCGCUACCAGACCAUGAACAUCCUCCCCAUGGAGCUGUACAAGGAGUUCGCCGAGUACAUCACCAACAACUACCCAACACUGUGCGCAGUUCUGGAGCCGCUGUUGAGCGUAAAGAGCAAAGAGGAAGUGGCGUUCGCCCUGGUGCAUAUCCUCCAAAGCACUGGAAAAACUAAGGAAUUCCUGUCUGACAUGGCGAUGUGUGAAGUGGAUCGAUUCAUGGAGCGUGAGCACAUGAUCUUCCGGGAGAACACACUCGCAACGAAGGCUGUGGAGGAGUACCUCAAGCUGAUUGGUCACCGAUACCUCAAGGAGGGAAUCGGUGACUUUAUCCGAGCCUUAUAUGAAUCCGAGGAGAAUUGUGAAGUGGACCCCAUGCGAGUCCCGCCCUCGGUGCUGGCUGACCACCAAGCCAACCUUCGGAUGUGCUGCGAGCUUUUACUUUGCAAGAUCAUCAACUCCCUCUGCAUAUUCCCCCGCGAGCUUAAGGAGGUCUUUGCCUCGUGGCGGGCCAGGUGCGCCGAGCGCGGCAGGGAGGACCUGGCUGAUAGUCUCAUCAGCUCCUCGCUGUUCCUCCGCUUCAUGUGCCCGGCCAUCAUGUCGCCCUCGCUCUUCAAUCUGACGCAGGAGUAUCCGGCGGAGCGCACCUCGCGGACCCUCACGCUCAUCGCCAAGGUCAUACAGAACCUGGCCAGCUUCAGCAAGUUUGGGCCCAAGGAGGAAUACAUGUAUUUCAUGAACGAGUUCCUGGAGAUGGAGUGGGGCUCCAUGCAGCAGUUCCUCUAUGAAAUCUCCAACAUGGACGCCGGAGGGAACGCCGGAGGCUUCGAGGGCUACAUCGACCUUGGCAGGGAGCUGUCCAUGUUGCACAGCCUGCUGUGGGAGGUCAUGGGCCAACUCAGCAAGGACGCCAUUCUCAAACUGGGCCCAUUGCCUCGGCUGCUGAAUGACAUCAGCGUGGCCCUGCGGAACCCGCAGUUGCACCCCACCACCAAUCACCACCCCGAACGGCCCAAGGACAGGCUCUUUUCUCGGCCCACAUUUAAUCGUCUGAUGUCCUCCGACUUCCAGAGCCUGAUGAUGCGUGACUUAAACAGUUCCAUAGACAUCUCCCGCCUGCCUUCGCCUCCCACCGGCGUGUCGGCCGUCGAGUCCCUCUCCUCAAACCUAAACAUGAGGCGUCAAGCCGAAAGAGACCUGCGCUCGUCCCGGGAGGUGUUCUAUGUCACCCGGCCACCGCUGGCCCGCUCCAGCCCGGCUUACUGCACCAGUAGCUCGGACAUCACAGAACCAGACCCCAAGGUUCACAGCGUGAAUAAAAGCGUGUCCAUGAUGGACCUCCAAGAUUCACGCAUGAACAGCAUCUCCAACCUGAACUCUGUAGGGGACAUGCUCACCUCCUCCCAGGCCUCCAUCGCUGGCCUGGGCCACAGUUUCGGAAACCUAGGCGGCCCCCUCCGCAUGGGCGGCCACUUGCCCAGCGGCUUGGCGGGCUCCGGCUUGAGACUGAGUCAAAUGGGCCACAUCGGCGGCCCCACCGAGUCCAUCUCGCAGCAGCAGCAGCAGGCAGCGGCAGCCAUGCACUACCCGCUGUCUUUCCAAAACCCUCUUUUCCAUCUCGCGGCGCAGAACUCGCCGGCCCAGCCUCCGCCGCCGCCCCUCCUGCUCGCCCCGGAGCCAGAGAACGGCCAUCACGACUACGCGCCGGCGUUCGGCAAUAACGCGUUCUCCCGCAGCGAGGACCUAUCGGCACUCCGGUCGCAGAACAGCUUGGUGCAGCCCAGCAUCGUCCACUCGCACAGCUACAGCGACGAUUUCAGCCGGCAAAAUCAGAACAAUGACUUUGUCUGGCACCAGCUUUCACUGCAAGUGCAGGAGUCCCUCCAGCAACAGCACAUGAUGGGCGUCGCUUCUCAGACGGCCACUGGAACCGGGACACCCGCCUCCUUGGCCACACCGCCUACAACCGUACACCCGGUGCGCCAGUCAUCCAUCGCCCCCCAGCUCCUCAAGUCCCAGCGCUCUGUCAACACCCCGGCCACGGCCACCCCGCCCAAGGCCCGACCCCAGAGUAGGAAUCUCCUCCUGGAGUCUACCGACGCAAACUUUGUUCAGGCCAAACAGCGGCAAACUCAGCCGCCGCCACAACAACAACCGCAGCCAACGCAAACGCAGCAGCAGGAAGCUGUAACGGACAGCCCGGCUCCAGGGCUACCAUUCCAGACGGGCGCCACCAAGGAGAACCAAAACCCAUCCUCCGUCGCUGCCCCCGCUGAAGACUCGACAGACACUCCAACCAAAAGCGGCAAAAAAGCGCAACAGUUGCAGCCCCCCCAGCAACAUCUGCUCAAGCCGCUCGGCAACAAGCAGGGUUCUCAGUCUAACUUGAAUGAGCGCACCGUGGCCUGGGUCUCCAACAUGCCACAUCUCUCCGCUGACAUCGAGAGUCUGCGGCCUGACCGGGAGGGCCAGUUGAAAGAGUACUCCAAGAGCAUGGACGAAUCCCGUCUGGAGAGGGUGAGGGAGUACGAGGAGGAGAUCCACUCACUAAAGGAGCGCCUGAAGAUGUCUCAUCGCAAGCUGGAGGAGUACGAGCAGAGGCUGGUGUCACAGGAGCAGCAGACCAACAAGAUCCUCCAGCAGUACCAGUGCCGCCUGGAGGACAGCGAGCGGCGUCUGAAGCAGCAACAAGUCGAGAAAGACUCACAAAUCAAAGGCAUCAUCAACAGACUCAUGGCUGUGGAAGAUGAGCUGAGAGGGGGCGCCAUUCCUGAUAUUAAGCCUCGAAUCCUCACAGACCAGUCUAUCAGCCAGGGGUAUGGGGGCCUCCCGGGAUCCUGACUGCCACUGCGAAAGCGACCAGGAUCCGUGAUGGUCAUCCAAGUGUGAGAGGCAAAACCACCCCCCCCCCCCCCUCCACUUGGAAGAUCUGCUUGCCAGUCAAGUAGGACCACACACACCCAGACUCCUUGUCGCUACCGAAACUUUUCAAAAACUUUUGACAAUCACUUCAUGACAGAGACCAAUUUAUACAAAGACUCAGACUUGAGCCGACAUUCCGAGUUUCUUGAGCUAAACCUACGUGGGAGGUGACGAUUUGAGGGUUACAAAGCGGUACUUGAAAUUCUAGAGGCAGAAAAAAGUAGGAAUAGGUGGGGAGUAAACAACUCACAAUCAUGUAUCGUUUUUUCGUGUGUAAUAUUAGGAUUUCAGGAUGAAGCUGAAGUUUUGAAUGUCCAACUGUUGCUGGUUUCUGUACUUUUUCCGCAACUUCCUCUUCUCUCACAAGUUGUUCUCAGAGGGAUGUGGACACUAAGCUCGAGAGUGUCAAAGUUGUGAGCAGGUUGCAACAGAGAUGCAGAGAGACUGGAGGAGUCACAGAAAGGCAUCAAAAUGGGCAUCCUCGGAAACUUGCAUGCAUGGAUCAAACACCUGUUGUGCAUUUUGUCCUGCAAAAAGUACUGAAACCUAGAACGCAGACGUGUGCUUUCACAAGUCUGCGGAAGUCAGUUAAAGUCCACCUGCAAAGGUUGAUUGUAAAAUCUCACCCGAAAUUCAAAUAUCUAACUUUUUAUGGGUAGUGUAGGAUCGUUGGUGGGUUUAUUAUUAUUGUUUUGUUUUGUUUUGUUUUUUUUACAUCCUUUUACCGCACAUCAAUUUCAAGCUCCAACAAAUCUCGCGAUCAAAUAACUGAGUAAGAAAUGGUGGACAGUGCGAUUAUGCGUACCAUUCAUUCGUUCCAUUUUCAAUUGACGUAUGGCUUCAUUUUGCCUUGUGUGAACUUUAAUUUAGUGUAAUUCUAAAAUUGAAAGAUAAAAAACAUUUUUUUAUUUUUUUUUUAAAUGUAAAAACAAAAUCACUUUUGGAAAAAAAUGCAAAUUUUUUUGUAGCUAAUUGAGAAUUGAAAGACAGAAUGAUACACUGAUUAGCACGUGAAAUUUGUCUCCCCGUCACCACUACGUGUCGAUUGUGUUCAUACUGAACUAUAAAAAAGGCGAAAAAUUGACAGCAAUUGAAGGCUGUUUGUCUGAUAUCCAAAAACGCCAAUGGACAUAGAUUACAUGUAAAUACAUCACACAUAUAAACCUAAACUAACGGAUACAGUUAAAUAAAAUAGCACAGCACUUAACUCUAGGUUGUUCAAUAAAAUAUUUUUUUUAAAUAGUAUACUUGGAUGGCAAGCCUGACUGUUAAGUGACUUUUCCUCAUAUGUUGUGCACCAAUUGCAGUAUUGUGAUGAAGAUUUGAGGGAUUUUUCCUAGCUACAAAACAGCACUUGAAAUUAAGAAAAUAAACACCUCUUUUGAAAUUAUCCAUUUAUUCAUCCAUAGUCUGUUUCGCUUCAAAGAAAAAAAAAAACAUUUGGUCAGUUUAAUUAUUUUAGGUGUCAUUGCAUGUCUACAGAGCCCUGUUGAAGUCUACUGCUAACCAAAACAGCACCACGUACUAAACAUCUCUCAGAUAAAUUAAGGUGUUUGUACAUCGUCCGCGUGUUCGAAACGAGUACUUGCAUCUUUAGUCUGCUUUAAUGCUUUGUCUGUUUUAUCAUAUUUCCAUAAUAGUCAUGAUUAUUUUGUGGUAAACUCCACCUUUCUCUUGACUUGAAUUGCAAUAUACUGCUGAUAAUGUUUAACAUGACCAAAAAUUGCAAUUGCACAAAUAAUGGACUCCCCCCAGAUACAGGGUACAGUCAGGUUUGAGUUUAUCAUCUCAGUGACAUUUUUAAGGAGAAUGAAGUAUUUAAUUUCAUCAGCAGUUUCAAAAAAACGAAAACAAAGGCUGCUAUUUGCGGAGAAACAGCAUUUUCCAAAAUGUGCUUGAAGAAAUGUCCGCUUCCAGGAUAUUAACAAAGAGAUCUGCGAAAGUAUACCAACAUCAGGGGUUGGCAAAGUAUGGGCCAUUGUGUCACUGCACAUUUACAUUAUCAAUGAAUUUAAAAAAUGAAUAAAUACAUUUCUAACCAUUUCUUUGGAAUAAGCAAUAACAUCCCACCCAAUCAUUGUAUAACAAAUACGCUAAUAUUACUACAGGGAUUUAAAAUCAAAAGACUUGUAAUAUUCAAAACAAACAUGUACUUAAAUAUUGGAAUCUCCUUGAUUUUGUGUUUAAAUAGAAAUUAAAAGUCUUGCAAUUUUUUUUGGCAUUCGAUUAGCUGCUUUCCCCUGCAACCACCCCCUGUUUUUGUUGUGUUUUUUUUUUUAGAUAAAUAGUUAAAUUUAUUUACACCCAAAUAUAGAUAAAUGAUAUUUAUAAUUAAACUGUUUUUUUCAAAUGCAUUACACACAGAUUUAAACUUUUUUUUUUCUUUUACAUAAAUCAAAUGUGGCCCUUGAGCACUAAGGUUUACCCACCCCUGCUGUAGACGAUUGACUUUAUUUCUAUUUCUUUGCAAAACAUUUUCACAUGGUUUUGAAAAGUGCUCUAUGAAAUCCAUUUUCUAGCAAGCUGUCAGUUCGCUGACUCACCUGUCUGCGAGGCAUCGAGAUGCAUGCGCUUUUUAAAACGCAAAGAUGAGUGAGACAUAUGAUGAUGCUGUACAUUUUCAAAAGGACAUUUUCUCACAUUUCCUGACUUUUCGGCGAACAGUGGAGCCAACUAAAUGGAUGCAGGGUAACAGGAAAUACAGCGUUGCCACUAACUGGAGAACAGGUGUAACGUUUGUAUAUUUUAAGCGUCUCUUUUGUAGUCGGGUGAUGAAUUAAUACUGUGUUGUACCUAUGAGUAGUUUCUAUUACAAAGUUCAUGAAUUGCUCUUUUAACCUCUUGCCUUUAAAAAAAAUGUUUUCUUUUGAGAUGAAUAGCGACUCUACAAAGGUUUUUAUGUUUGUUACCAGAAGCGUAUAACAUAAGUGUUAAAAUGCACUCUAGAUAAUACAAUUAUAUAGAGAUUUUUUGGGAAUUAUAUAGUUCGAUGUAGGAAUGGCUCCUAAACUUCCGAGUGCAUUAUCUAUUCUUAUAUGUAUUCUAAUAAUCAAAGGCCGUCAGGCAUGGACUUGUUCACAAAUUCUCUACUGUACAUUAUUACGAGGAACUCUUCAGUCUAUAGAGAGUUCAACGAAGGCAUCAGGCCAGAGUCAAGAUAUUCAUACAAUAAUGCUUUUCUUUUGAAAUACAGGUAUGUGUUUGUUUAUUUUGUUAUUUUGCCUGCAUUAUGGUUUUCAUCUUUUCGUAGUCUUGUGGCGGAACAAAAUCCUAUUGAGAGAAGAAAAAUAAGAAUAUGAAUUUUUGGACCUUAAGAGGAACUUUUUUUCACUAAUUUAAUGAAAAAUAAAACUUAUUUAAUUUAAUUUAUCCUUUUACUUUUAACUAAUGAUUUAAAUUGUAACAAACUUUUUAUUUUUUCUUAAAAGUAGUUUUUUCAAAUUUUUCUUUCAGUUUAGUUGGAGUUUUAUUUUUUAUGUAUUUUUUUACUUGCUUUUUAUUUCUAUUAGUAUUUCUUGUCAGCUUUUGUUUUCUAUUUUGAUUUUAUUCAUUUCUUAUUUUAAACUUGUACUACAUCAAGUCACAUUUGUUUGCAUGACAAAACAGGAUACCUUUUUUUGUCUCACAUAUUUAAUGUAUGAAUUAUUUAAAGUAUUUUUAUGCGUUUCCCAAUGCAUUAUGUAUUGAAGCAUUGAUUUCCAGUUUAAGGCCCACAUACUCGUAUUUUUCUUUUCCUCACUACUAAGACAAUUCAGCGCACUAGUAGAGCAACUAUCUUUCAUUACAAAAUAACGAUUAUUUUCUUGCUCAUGUUUUCCUUUUUGGUAUUCUGUAGAAGUGCCAUUAACAUGAUUAUUAUAAAUGCCUGUUUAUAGGUUUUUGGUCUGACUCUCAGGUGUUUUACGCAGAACACAAGAGAUAACCUUUAAUUUCUUUGCUGUCAAAAAAGCACAACAAAAUAUAUAUAUCGGAAGGUAAAAUAUUAUAUGAAUUAUUCAAUUAGCAUUUUAAUUUUUAAUCUUGAAUAUUUUAUGAAAAAAAUAAAAGGUUAUUUUAGUUGAACAUAAAUUAUCUGGAAUAGGAAGAAAUAUUUAUGAGCCUUUUGGGCAACUCACCUCAUCAAUGACAUGAAAUAUCUUGUAUAUUUUGAAUGAUAAUCAACAGGUGCGACUUAUUUAUGGAUCUAAAAAAAAUGGAUGUAUAGAGUAUUUAUUUCUCGGCAGCUAUUUAUUCUGCGCAUUUGACUUACUGUGCCACAAAUAUUCUAAAGCAUUGAUUUAUUGGAGGGGGGGUUCCUGGAUUUAACGUGUUCAUUGACUUGACAUUUGCUUUGAAACAAGCCAUGCCCCCAUUAUAAAAGCCAUAUCCUUCACCCUGGUGUUGUAUGGUGGAUGUUCGAUGUAGGAACUUUUUUUUUUUUUUUUAUUAACGGCAAUUAUGGUAGGUCUGAUUGCGCUUGUAAUUAUGAUAAUCGAUGUUGAUAUGAUUUGUUAUAAUGUCUGAAACCUAAAGGAAUGUAUUCAUUUUUCAAGGUGAUUUUUUUUUUCUCUCCCCCUGAGUGAUUUAAAUAAAGUAAUACAUUGAAAGAUGUAAAGAUUGUUACUUUCCUGUUCCCUCCUCUUUAGGAAUGGUUGAAGAGUGAUUAGUUUUACUUGAUUCUAUUUGUAUUGAUGUAUUUUAUUUUAUUUACACAGUUGGAUUAAAAGAUGGAGGAAUAAAAAUGAACAGCACCACCAUGUGCCUCAUUCAAAGCACAUUUUUAAUAUAUGUUAUCAUUAUGCAUACUGUUUCAUGCUGUUGUUUUUAUAUCAUGAUGUAGAAGUAUGAAAGGUCUGUCUGUCUAAAUUUGAUGUUUAACUGCAGAAUGUAUAAUAUACAACAAUGCAAAGUAGCAUAUUGCCAAUCAUUCCCAAAAUCAGCAUAAAGUAAAAUAAAAUCAUAUAAUUACUCCGGAGAAAGAAAUUACUUUGUAAUCCAUAUGAAUUGUCUGAGAUCCAGUCAGAGAAUAUUGAGAAUUAUCAAAUAAUUAUGUGAUUAAUUAAAUGCAGUGCCAACAAAUUGAAAGUUCCGUUUUCAGAGCACUUUCAAUGUAGGAUCUCCCAUAUAGUGGGUCAAAGCACAAAAUGCGGGUAAAUUUUGGGGGGUCUUGGAGUAGAAUGCUCUUAUGUACAGUACACUGUAUGUCACGAAUCCCUUCUGAUAACUUGAAUAUUAAUAGGAGCAAGAAACAAGAGGCAUAGAUUUGGCA